AUGGUCACGAUAUUCAUUGUAUCAUACUGUGAAGAYAUUUGGGAUUUAUAUUAUAAAGCUGAAUUUGAAGGAUUAAAUGGAUUACUAUAUAUUUCAAUUACAGAUACUGAUUGCCCGAGACUACCAGUAGACGAGGCAAUUACUAUUCCUUUGACUGCCCAUCAUUCGGAACUUUCUCAAAUGAUGUUGGAUUUAAGAAUGUCAAAUGCGUUUUCAUGGAAAUCAGCAAUUUUAAUGCAUGAUAAUUCUAUUAGUGAUAGCGUUUUACAACAUAUUGUAACAUCAUUGACAAAAUACUAUCCAAGUGUAUGCGAAACAUGCUCAUUGUGGCAAAUUGAUUCUGGCGUUACUUGGGGUCAAGARCAUUUUGGUCAAGGAUGUUACAUUCUUCCGGUGGGUUAUUGGAAUACAAAAACUGGUUUAAAGCUAACUGAACCACUUUUCAUGCAUUUGGCAAAUGGUUUUAGAAGAAUGGCAUUACCUAUYGCUACAUUUAAUUUUCCACCUUGGCAAAUCGUAAAUUUCAAUAAGAGUGGUCAUUUGGUUGGUUAUAGUGGUUUAGUUUUCGAUAUUAUCAAUCAAUUGGCAAAAACAUUAAAUUUUAYCUAUAAUGUCAUUGUCAUACCUAAUACGGACCAAAUGAAUACUACGAGAACUUAUUUACAAAAUAAUGCAYUGGGUGAACAUGACGCAGUAGUCUCAAAACCAUUAUGGGAUAAAAUGAUAGACCUUGUWCGAUCCGAAAGAGUGUUCAUUGCAGCAGCUGCAUUUGCCGUAAAAGAAGCAAACCAAUUAUUAGUUAACUAUACAACACACAUAAGUCUAGAGCCACAUCAUAUUUUAGUUGCCAGACCAAAGGAACUAAGCCGAGCUUUGUUAUUUACCGCUCCGUUUACGUUAUUGGUAACGCUAAAAAAUAAUUAUUUACCUACGAACUUACGGGGAGCUCAUUUACCCGAUGCAGACAGCGGUCGAUUGGUAGUCGGCACUUGGUGGCUAUUCGUUUUAGUGAUCGUGACUACGUACAGUGGCAACUUAGUAGCGUAUUUGACGUUUCCACAGAUGGAUACAAUGGUAUCUAACGUGGCCGAUUUGAUGACUCGUAAACCUCAAGGAUAUUCAUGGGGAAUACCGAAAACAUCAAAUUUACAUUCAUUACUUACCACAUUAUCAGAUGAUACAAUGGUCAAAGAAUUAAUUAAAAAUGCAGAACACCACGAGGAGUUGUCACAAUCGAUCAUAGAAAGAGUGAGAUCGGGUAAACAUGCAUUCAUUCAUCGUCGAACCAACUUAAUGUACAUUAUGAAGAAUGAUUUCCUUAAAACUAAUAGAUGUGACUUUGCUAUAGGAAAUGAAGAUUUUGCAGAAGAAAAAUUAGCAAUGAUGUUAUCAAAAGAAAACCCUUAUCUCAGUAGAAUAAACAGAGAGAUCGAAAAAAUGCACAAGGUUGGUCUCAUAAACAAAUGGUUGGUKGAUACAUUACCCAAAAAAGAUCAAUGUUGGACCAACACACAAUUAGAAGUAACAAAUCAUAAAGUAAAUUUAGAUGAUAUGCAAGGAUCAUUUAUUGUUCUGUUAUUGGGUGAGUCUAUUUUUACAAACACAAAAGAUUUAUAUUAUACUUUAUUUUCUUUAUUGAUUUGUUUAAGGUGUAUUAUCUUCACUAGUGUCAUUUGUUUUUGAAUACAUACUAUAUAAAUACAAAAAUCGGCGUCAAAUAGUAAUAACACCAUUCAUAAAUUGAUAUCAAACAACUGUACAUUCAACAGUCUUUUUCUUUUAUUAAAAUAUAUAGAUAACAAUGCUAAUUAGUAUUCUUAAAAUUAA